GCUGCGUCACUUCCGCUCACCACAGACAGGAGGGUGGGGACAAACAGCUGGUAAGCGAUGCCGUGAUCCUACCGCCGAUCGGCUGUUUUUCCGCACCGAUGAACGCCUUUACCGGAGCCACUGCAGGAAAUGACCGAGAGGCCUUACAGAUAGUUUGUGCUUUUGUUACUUCAGUCUGCGUUUGCUGAGAGAGCCCUAUCUGGAAGCACAUUUGUUUCCGUUGUGAGUAUUAACUACCUCAGAUACUGCAAAUAGAUCAAGAAAGAGAGAGAGCCCGGCCAUCUCUCUCCGUCUCUCAGCUGCUCCAGAACCCUCUGACCGACCGGAUCCGUCAGAGCCGAGCACAAACGGAACGUGCCAAGGAACGUUUUCCUCCCCUGAAAAUGUUUAGAGUUUUCUAUUUUUAUUAGAGGUCUACAGAACGCUAGAAUUCAGAAGGUUUUUGCUUCCAAUUGAAGGAUUGACGAUGCACUUCGGAUUGAAGAGGACACGCAGGGCGGUCGUCUUUUUUUCCUUGUGAUGCACACGUGAAGCGCUUCUAAGGGAAAACUGCACACCGACAGUAGCGUUUCGUUGGGAUAUUUUGUUGUUUUUGAUGUAAGCUGCAUCCAGGGUUGAAUUCUUCAGAAUUCUUCAGACCUCUCCAGACGCCACCUCGUCUCUGAUGGAAACUUUAAGCUGUCCGUUUACCCAGCAGGCCCAGGUUAGGGGGCAUUGAAAACCCGCGUGCAGGUAAAGCAGGACUUGGCGAGGACACGCACCACCGGGCCACGUCGAACACUUAUGUAUUGUUGCAGCGCACAAGAAAGUAAAAUGGACUACAAGCUGCGCUUUUUGAUUGGCGGGUCCAAGCACAAAGUGCAGCAACACCAGCAGCCGUACCCGUUGCCCGAGCUCAGCCGGACCCUCAGUGCCCCCUUGGGGACUUCCUGCUCCACCCCGUCUCCCAUGGCGACCAUAGGCUCCGCCCCUUCCGGCUGCCACGGGCCAGCCCCGGGCACUACCACGGCGAUCGCGGACAUCCAGCAGGGCAUCUCCAAAUACCUGGACGCGCUGAACGCCUUCUGCCGCGCCAGCGCGUUCCUGACGGAGCUCUUCGGCAGCGUGUUCCGGGACUCCCGAUAUUCCAAAGCAGCUAUGCAACUGAAAGACGUGCAGGAACAUGUCAUGGAAAUGACCGGCCGACUCACCACCGCAAUAAAGCCGGAGAUCGGCAAGAUGCUGAUGGAGCUCAGCGCGGGCGCAGCUAACUUCAAAGACCAAACCGACUUCAGCCUGCAGGAUGUUGAGGUGUUGGGUCGCUGCUUCCUGACUGUCAUGCAGGUGCAUUUUCAGUUCCUGUCGCAGGCGUUGCAGAAAGUGCAGCCGGUUGCGCAGUCGUGCCUGGCAGAAGCGCUGGCACAGGUUCAGGAGAGGCGAGGGAACGCCCACACCCAGAACACGGGCCAUGGGCCUCUGACGGAGCUGGAGGAAGCCGUCCGCUCAUGGAAAGGAGCAUCGGAGGUGACGGCGUGUCUCAGGGAGAGAGGGAGAGACGGCUGUCUGUCUGGCAUUCAGGUCCAGCAGCUCUUCUGCUCUCAGAACACCUGUAUACCUGAACAUCAACUGAAAGAGCUCAACGCCAAGAUCGACCACGCGCUGCAGGCUUAUAAAGCAGCAUUAGACUCUUUGGGUCACAGUGAAUACGCUCUGAAGGCUGGAUUUCAACUUAAUCCUAAAGCAGUUGAAGCAGCGCUGCAGGGCUGUUGCAGCGAUGCAGAAGCGCAGCAGGCCGGCCGGUUUCACACCACGUCUCAGGCCAUCCAGUGUGAAUUACCCACAAUCCCUGUCCAGAUCGGCUCUCAUCUGCUCAGAGGAGUUUCCUUCAACGAAAGCGCGUCAGACAACCUGAAACUGAAAACGCAUGCCGUGCUGCAGAUGAUCAAAGACGCAGUAGAUCAGAACGGCGGGGCGGUGCGAGACGACUCCCCCGUCACAGAGGUGCUGAGUCAGGUGUGUCCCUCCAGCUGGAGAGUAGCGUGUAAGACUGCCGUUCAGCUGCUGUUCGGACAGGCCGGACUGGUGGUGGUCGACACGGCUCAGAUGGAGAAUAAGGAAGCUUACGCCCCUCAGAUCUGUCUUGAAGGAUCUAAAGUUGUGAUCCAGGUUCCCUCCACAUGGUGUCUGAAGGAAGAUCCAGCCACCAUGUCUCUCCUGCAGCGCUGUCUGGAUCCAGAGAAAACCCUCGGCCUGGUGGACGUGCUCUACACAGCCGUCUUUGACCUUCACAGCUGGAAGGAGCGCAAGGAACAAGCUCUGCCCACCAUACAGAUCCAACUUCAGCGUGACGUGACCGAUUACAGCAGCCCUCUAGAUCUUCCUACAGGACACAGCUCCAAACCUUCUAGCGGCCUCCCCAAAACCAUCUCCAAACUCACCUCACGCUUCACCAAGAAAACCAACUCCUCCAACUCCAGCGCGGGGGGCAGUUACUCCAUCCCCAGCACCCCCUCUCGAAGUGUCCUCACCAGCAACUCCGAAGACAAACCCGGGCGUCUGCACAGCCUGUUGCAGAUGAGCAGCAUGCCGUGCACGCCCGACCCCAGCCACGCUCAGAUGGCUAACGGGGCGUCCUCGGACGAGCAGGGCAUGAACCUGCCCACCGACCAGGAGAUGCAGGACGUCAUCGACUUCCUGUCGGGCUUCAACAUGGGCAAAUCCCAGCAGGCAUCCCCGCUGGUAAAGAGAAGGAACUCGGUGGCGGCCACCAAUGCGGCUGACUUGAAACCGCCCAGUGGAGCGGCUCCGCCCACCUCGCAGGCUCAAGUCGCUCAUAAUGUGUUGCAGUCGCUGGCGCAGAGCCUGCAGCAGCCGACGCCACCGCAACAACAACAGCAACAACUACCGUCUACCCCCAAACAACAGCAGCUUCCACAGUCGCAGCCCACAUCACAAGCCCUGCAGUUCUACCAGCAUCUGCUGCAGCCAAUUGGUCAGCCGCAGCCUCAACCGCAGCCACCGCAGGCGGCGCCUGUUUCCCCGCAGCUUUCUUCGCAGCCUCCUCAGCCUCUCUCGCAACGAAGAGUCCCCAGCAAGUGGCUGCAGGGUCCGCUGGGCGGUCUCUCCCCGAUCGGACCCUUGUCUCAGUGGGCCGCUCCGGGCCUGCCGGACCUCAGCUCGGACCUCUACAGCCUGGGGCUGGUCAGCACGUACAUGGACAGCGUCAUGUCGGAGAUGUUGGGUCACAAGCCCCUUCAGGGCCCGCGGAACAACACCUGGCCCAACAGAGACCAAAGUGAGCAGAGUCUGUUCGGAGUGCUGGGCGACUCCAUGCCCUUUGACCCGGCAGUUGGGUCUGAUCCAGAGUUUGCGCGUUACGUUGCCGGUGUGAAUCAGGCCAUGCAGCAGAAACGUCAGGCGCAGCACGUUCGGCGCCCCAGCAACACCCGCAGCAACUGGCCACACCCCGAUGAGCAGCACCGAGUCUGGCCACACCCAGAAUACUACAAUGAGGGGGAGGCGGUCAACAGUGGCUGGUCAGCCAAUCAGGGCGAUUCGGCCAGCUCGAGUGAUGAGACGUCUUCAGCCAACGGGGACAGUUUGUUCUCCAUGUUCUCUGGGCCUGACCUGGUGGCGGCUGUUAAACAAAGACGGAAACACAGUUGUGGUGAACAGGAAGUGUGCACUCUGCCCUCUCCUCCGCUCCAUCACUGCAGUGACGACAGUAACCAGGACUGCAAAACUAAAACGUGGCCUCCUAAAGCUCCCUGGCAGCACUCCUCACACACCAACACCAUGCCCAAUCCCAGCUCUUCCCUCUAUCAGAUGACCAUGCCCUCCAGCCAAUGGAGCGACUCCAUGCAAAUGCUGCAGUCUCCGGUGUGGUCGACAGCCAACGACUGCCCUCCAUCCUCUGGCAUCUCCUCCGGCUUCCCCUUCACACAACAACAGCAGCAGCAGGUCGCCCAGCAGAAGAUCCUGAACAAAGGCUUCAAAACCUUCCCGCUCAAACCUGAGCACCGACCCUCGUACCUCCACCAGUACUGAGCACCUGAUCUGAGAUCUGAGGACUGCUCACUGAACCAGGCUGCGUUCAGAGGUUCAGCCGAUCGUGGAAGAGAUUCACAGCGCUCAUCCGGGGCUUCGUAACAAACACCGCCGGAGUUUCUACCUUGUGCUAAAGUUUGCAGUAAAACCCACGUCCUCCCGGUCGAGACUUCACCCGUGUAAAUUAGAUUUCUUUCACCUCGUGUUUUCAUAGGGAAGUUUGCAUUUAACAUAGUGGUUAAUAACGGUUUUGUACACAGAUGCGUGUCAAUCCCCCAAACACAAACGUAACUGCCUUCCUCACUGUCCAAAAAUGCAUGAUUUAUUUAGCAGCAGCUAGUCGGACCAUUUCACUGGCAGCCGUAAAUGUGAGCCGACGGCGGAAAGCUCGUGAUUAGAGAUGUAUGUUAAACGCUUCAGUCUUGCUGCGGCGUUCGGGUUUGCGUUUACACGCUGUCUCCUGAGGCGAGUUUUUGAAAUGCAUGGCCAUCGUGCUGACACACAGCGCUCUAUUGCAGCUGCAUUACCAAGAUCCAGGGGGUCCCGAACCGGACGUCCCCCAGAAACCAUACUGUGUUUAAAUAGCUGUAACUGCCAAAUCUCCCGUCAUAUGACCCAGACUGCAGCUCUCAGCUACUGUUCCAUAGCUUGUAAAUUACUCUGGAAAAAAAGAACAAAAAAGAACUAUAAAUAAUUAACUUUUUAUGAAGAGGCUUUGAGCAGGCUCGGCAGAAAUAUAAUAAUCAUAGCAGAGGUGUAAUUUGAAAGAAAUACACUACUUUUUCAACAUCUGACAUUAAAAAAAGAAAAAUAUAAAUAAAAAAGGAUGUUAGCAGUAAGUAAACUUGUGCCAUGUUGUUUUGAAUAGCACUUGCAGAUAUUUUCUCUAACCAAAGGAUUGUUUAGAAGGGGGAAAUGGUGCUUGAAAUAAAUAGAAAUGCCGUUUGGGAGCCGUAGUUAGAUAUAUAUAUAUAUAUAUAUA